AUAACGAAACUUAACGAAACAAUAUUUGGAACUGACAAAUAAAAGUUUCAUAUUUAAGAAGCGUUCUUUUUACAGUUUUUCUGACCUUAAAUUUGUUUAAAGUAUAGAAAACUAAUCUUUGAAAUCACAACUUUCAUAUAAACACCAAUAUUUCAAAAUGUCAGCAAUAAUUCGCAUGAAACGACACAUUUCCGACAAUCCACAUGAGGCAUUUGUUUUAAAUUGUAAGAAACGAAAGACUGAUAACAAAGAAAAUUCAUUGUUGGAAGUAGAAACGACCACUGUCUUAAAAUUCGCGGGCACUGUGAAUCAGGACACAAAUCUUACAGAACACAUAGCAAAGCUUUCAAAAGAAGACGCCAAAGAUAUUGUCAAAAAAAAGCGGGAAGUUCCGAAUGUGAAAACAAGAAUUGAUGAAAACCGUGAAAAAUCACAACAAAAUCGUUUCAAGAUUGUUAAUUACACUCGAGCACUUAAUGAAUCAACAGAAGAGUCGACUGAUAAAAAUCUCACGAUUGUCGACGUAGAAAAGGACGUUGUAUCUAAUAAUACUCAAAACACAUCUUCAAUAACAUCAGAUCCAGGACAAUCGACAUCUUCUUUCAAUGAAACAGCCGAAGAACCUUACGUAUAUGACAUUUAUGUUGCUGUAUCACCAACGUCACCUCUUCAACAUCCAGAUUCAUUAGAUUUGAAUGACUUAAGUAUUUUGGAAUACAACGACUAUCUUUACUCUCAUCCUCGUUUAGUCAAUUCUUCCUCAGAAGAUGAAAAUGAAAAUGAAGAUGAAGAUUCGAAUGAUGAGGAUAAUUGGCGUAAUGAUUAUCCAGAUGAAGAAUUAUCUGAUAAUGGAAGCAUUGGCGAGCGUGAAAUGCGAAAGGCCAUGAACAAUAUUAACGUUGGCUUUGAUCUAUCAUCUGAUGAAGAGGAUGAAAAUGGAUUUGUUUAUUCAGUUGACUCAGAGGCUUUUAGUUUUGAAGACGAUCUCGAUUAUUGCGAUGUCAAUCGAUAUGGUGAAGCUUAUGCAAGGUACAAGAAGCGAGUUUUAAAAGAUAUCGAGAAUGGGAGUGACAGUUCUGACACUACCGAAAACAGUCAUAUGGAGGAUGAUUCCUUUCAUUCUGAUUGAGUCGAAGCGCAUUGAAUGUUCUCUGUUUUAUAAAAUGAUUAGAGGAUUUUCACUGUAAAUAAAAAGUUUCUUCUGAAAAGAUGACAAUAAAAAUGAAUUUCACAAAUCAAUGAA